AUGGCGUCGAAGAAGAAGCAAUCGGAAGGUAUCGCUUUAUUGUCCAUGUACAACGACGACGGUGACGACGAAAUGGAGGACGCAGAAGAAGAAGACGUGAAUCGUGAGGAACAGCAAGAUGACGCCGCUGGACAAGCUGCGGAGGAAGAUUUGGCAGCCGACACGGAUAGAAUGACGGUUGCUGAUUCCGGGAACGAAGUCUCCGCUGAUGGUUUUACUCCGACGGAGAAGAGUAGAACGCCACAGGUGAGCCGGUUGUUUUCACCGCCGCAGGAGCAACAGCGGGUGGAAUUGAGGAUUAGUAAGAGUGCAACUCUUACGAUAGUUGAUUAUGGUCAUGAUGAAGUAGCAAUGUCACCUGAGCCUGAGGAAGGAGAGAUAGAUGGUAGUGGUCGAGUCGUGUUUGGGGACCAACUUCAUGUGACAAAUGGUGAUUUGCUAGAUAGAAUACCACCAGGAACAGUCCAGGUUUUGUCACCUGACGAUCAAGCUAACACUCCCCAAUUAUCGGAGACAUUUAAAUCUGAUGCCUUGAAUAAUGACGAUGUGAUUGGACCUGAUGAUGCAGAGAUUGGAGAAGCAGAUCACGAUGAGCAUAAAUCUGUAGAUCCGUUGGAUAAAUUUCUUCCUCCUCCACCCAAAGUUAAAUGCUUAGAGGAAUUACAAAGAAAAAUAAAUAAAUUUCUGGAGUAUAAGAAGGCUGGAAAAAGUUUUAAUGCAGAAGUUCGCAACAGGAAGGACUAUCGAAACCCUGACUUCUUACUGCAUGCUGUGAGGUACCAGGACAUUGAUCAAAUAGGGUCUUGCUUUAGUAAAGAUGUAUUUGACCCUCAUGGAUAUGAUUCAAGUGACUUCUAUGAUCAAAUAGAAGCUGAUAUGAGGCGGGAAAGUGAUAGGAAAGAGCAAGAGAAGAAGAAACCACAAAACCAGAAGGUUGACUUUACUUCUGGUGGUACACAGCCAGGAAUUGUGCUCGGUGCUCCCAGGAUCAGCAUGCCUGUUACAGGCGGUUCUGCUGCAACUACAGGUGGUUUGCAUUUGGUGCCUCCUCCAGCUGAUUCUAUUAAUCGGGAUGGCAGACAGAACAAAAAAUCAAAAUGGGAUAAGGUGGAUGGUGAUCGAAAAAUUCCUCUGCCCUCUGGUGGGCAGGAUUCUGUAUCUACAGCAGGGGCUCAUGCAGCAGUUUUAUCUGCUGCUAAUGCUGGCAGUGGAUACAUGCUAUUUGCGCAGCAAAAAAGACGAGAGGCAGAGGAGAGAAGAUCUAGUGAAAGGAGGUUAGAAAGAAGAUCAUGA